AUGGGCGGAAGUCCUACUCCUACCCCAUCCCCGCCACCUCCCUCGAAUUCCGAUUCCUCCCCGCCCGUGUUCAAACUAAACGCCCCGGGCCCGAGCUCUGGCCACGAGGCGGCACAGGGCGCGUCCGCCUCGCCAGCGGCGGCGGCGCCGCCGGCGGUUCGCGCCCCGUCCGAAGCGUUGCUCGCCGUGCUGGGCGUCGUCGGCGAGCUCCGCGCUCGCGGAUUCCUCGCCAGGCUGGAGAUCCCGGAGGCCCAGCUCACGGGCGCGCGCGCGUCCGCCCUGUUCGACGCCGUGCUCGCGUCCUUCAUCGCCGAGGCGUGGCACCCCGAGGCGGCCUCGUUCCUCCCGAUCCCGCCGCCGCCGCUCGGGGGUGGCUUCAAGGUGGAGCUCCUCCGCCUGUUCCUCGCCGUGCGCGCUCGCGGCGGGUUCGCCGCCGUCGCGUCUUGGGCGGCCGUUGCCGAGGAUGUCGGGCAUGGCCCAGCCGACGACAUGGCCGUCAAGCUGCUCUACCGUAAGUACCUCGAGCUCCUGGAUCGGACCUUCGAUAAACCACUAGAGGACCACAAGGUGGGCGAGGGCAGCGGCAAUGCCGGCCGGCGCUUGGGCUCCGCGAAGGACAGGUUCCUGUCGCCGACCAAGGAGCCCACGAGCGCCGGAUCGCCGCACCUGAAGAGGAAGAGGGAACCACUCGUUGGGUUCCUCAACUGGGUGCGUCUUACGGCGAAGAGCCCCGCUGACCCGGGGAUUGAUCGUCGCGGCCACUCCUCCACCGCGGUUUGGCUCCGGGAGCAGACGCUCGCAGAUUAUGUUAAGAAGCUGAGGGGGAUGUUCAGCUGGGUACACCUUGUGGCCAAGAGCCCCGCCGCACCGGGGUUCAUCGGUGGGAACUGCGACGACCACUGCUCCACGGCGGCUCUGCUACGGCGCCAGAUGUUUGCAAACAUUGACUGCAGCAAUGAGUCUGCCUCGCCGCAGAGCGGACAUUCAAAUGAGGAAGCACUUCCUUGUGGCCAAGCAGACAUUCCAAAAUGGACUGGGAAGCCUUCAUCACGUUACGAUGACCGGCGCACAUUGAGGUUUCUUGGAGAACCUAUUCUGCUUCCAGAAAGUAAUGAAGCCCUUGAUGGUGGUUCCAUUGGCAAGGGGAGGCAAGAUAAUUGCAACUGUCAAUACCCAGGUUCCAUUGAUUGUAUCAGGUUUCAUGUGGCACAGAAAAAAGAUGAACUGAAGCGCGAGCUGGGCCCAGCAUUUUAUAAAAUGGGGCUUGACAAAACCGGUGAGGAUGCGGCACUCACAUGGACAAAGGGUGACGAGAGGAGAUUCAACACCGUUAUCCAUGACAACCUGCCUACAUCCAAGUACAAUUUCUGGGGCAAACUGCGUGCUUCCUUCCGCUCCAAAGGCAGCAAAGGUCUUGCAGGCUAUUACCACAACGUUUUCCAGGUCCGGCGACGGGCCUACCAGAACCACCUCGCUCUGAAUGCCGAUAGUGACGACGAUUCCAUAGAGCCUGGCUUCCUAUACUCUCGUCAAGGGGAUGUUAAGGGUAGCUCCAGGACCAGGUCUGCUUCUUCCUCCAGGAAUGGGAGAAGCUCUUAGCCUAGCCUGUCUGAUUCUGAUAGGCGGUCACUGCCUAUCGUGUACCGGUAGCUCUCCAGGUGAGCAGCUUCCAAUCGAACUGAUCAAAUGAAGGGUGUUAGGGUUGUAGUCACCAAAUUGGUGAUUGAAGAUGGUAAGGUAGACUUCUGUUGUAGUAUCUUGCUGAGACUUAAUUUCCCUUUUUUGUGACUGGUGGUUUGUUACCC